AACCCUAAAUUAACCCAUCAUAACUGUGUUGAACUUGAAAUGCUGCCAGUGUGAGAAAAAUCUUGAAGCUCUGCCACUAUGAUAUCCUCUGUCACGAUCUCUCCUCCGACGACUCCUCUCUCCAGUGACGGUCUCCUCCGGCAACGUCUCCUCCAGCGGCGUCUCCUCCAGCAAUGACCUCCUUCUGCGACCUCUGCUCCAGUGACGGUCUCCUUCGGCGACGUCUCCUCUUGCGACUUCUCCUCCAGCGACAUCUUUUCCAGCGGCUUCUCCUCCAGCGACGAUCUCCUCCUGUGGCAUUCUCCUACGCCGGCAAUCUCGUCAAUCGAGCUAUUGAGCUGCGAGUUUCUCUUCCGGCAGACUCACGAGGCUUUGUCCUGUCUGAUCCAAAGAAUAGGAUGUUCCUUUGCAAUUUCCGCAUUGUGAUAUCAUUGGUUUGUGGUGCUUAUUUAGUUGGCAAUGCAUUCACCACCAAGGAAUAUAAACAAGCGAAGGACACCUUCAAAGUUCCCUUCAAAUCUGAAGGGAAGGGAAACUUCAGAACAGUGAGCUUCAAGUUCAAAGCAGUUGCACCAAGAACAAGACUCACAUUCUACAGCUCCUUUUACCAUACCAGAAUUGAUGAUUAUGGAUCUCUCUGUGGCCCUGUUCUUGACCAGGUUUUGGGGUUGUAGGUUCUUGUAGUACAGGAAAAAAAAGGUAGAUUUCAUGGAAUUGGCUACUGGAAGUUACCUUCUAGAGUUGUCGACGUGGGAAGUGCAGAAUUCAUUCUUUGGGAAAUCAGAUUUGUCAUUUCUUUGCAUCUUGCGCCAUCUUUCUGUUGAGAUAAAAAAGCGAGAAUUGGAAAUUGAAGUAGCUCAGAAAGAAGAAUUAGGAUUUGACCACCAGGAGGUAGCCAUGCCAUCUGUGCCUCCACCAAAUAAGCUUUUGUCAAUGGAGGAGCUGCGGGAGAGACGCCUUACUGACCCUCGUCUUCCAAAAACUUACCGGAACAAAAUUGCUACAACUAAAUUCACCCCUUGGCCAAUAGAGAUAAGGUUCUGUGAACCUACAACUUCAACAAAUCAGACCAAAUCUCCUCCCAGUUUGAAUUUUUGGUUUAGAGCAAAGGGAAAACUUUCAGAUGAUCAGGCCUUGCAUAGUAUGCCAAACCAUAUUCAAUUCCGGAAGUGAAGACUACUCACAACAAAAAGAAGAAAAGCACGCAGAUUUAAUUAGAAGUUUGAAAUCUAGCAUGGACAACUUGAAUAAGGAGGCUAAUCAAGAAUGGGGAAAUAUAUUUCCUGUGUUCAAGGAAAUAUCUGUCACUGACAAUGCAUUAGAAAGGGUUCUUGCUUUGGAGAUUGAGCUUGCCGAAGCAUUGCAGGCCAAGAAGAAAUCAAGCAUGCAAUUUCAAAGAUUCAAGUGUCCUUUUGGUGAAUGAAGCAAUGCAAUUAAGUACGUACCAUGAGGAGGAUAUAUGUAGUGGUCUUAUUUGUUUAUUUUAUUUGUUAGUUUGACUCCACUUACAUUUGUUAAAAUAUGUGCUUAGUCAUACAAUAUUACAUCUUCUUAACUAGAUGAAAGAGAUGCCAACUACUCAUAAUGAUAGUAACUUUACUCAAGAAUUUCACAAGCUUUUCGAAAUGAUUGAAUUAUUAGUAACA